AUGGCGCGCUCAUCCGUGGUGCAAGAAUAUGCGCCGUCCGCACCAACCCUCACAGUCGACCAAAAGUCCGCAUCCGAGCUCCAAACUUAUAAAGUAGCUCGACCCCAAGGCUACCGCGUCUCAUGGCACGCCAAUCCAGCUGUUGAAGCCCACCACUUCGGCCAAUCCCACCCCAUGAAACCAUGGCGCUUGACACUCACCAAACAACUCGUCAUGGCCUACGGCAUGCACCACGCAAUGGACCUCUACCUCGCCCGCGCAGCUACGUACGAAGAAAUGGCAGAGUUUCACGAAUCAGACUACCUCGACUUCCUCCGCCAGGUCAUGCCUGGCGACAUGGACCGCCCAGAGCAGGGUGAUAACGUCAUCCGCUUCAACUUCGGCGACGACUGCCCCAUCUUCGACGGCUUGUACGACUACUGCUCCCUCUACGCCGGCGGCACCGUCGACGCCGCCCGCAAACUGUGUAAUAAUCAGUCCGAAAUCGCUAUAAAUUGGUCAGGUGGCCUGCACCACGCCAAAAAAGCAGAGGCCUCUGGCUUCUGCUACGUGAACGAUAUCGUCCUCGGCAUCCUCCAGCUUCUCCGCCACCACCCCCGCGUCAUGUACAUCGACAUCGACGUGCACCACGGCGACGGCGUCGAGCAAGCCUUCUGGUCCACGGACCGCGUGCUCACCGUCUCCUUCCACAAAUACGACAAAGAUGGCUUUUUCCCCGGCACCGGCGCCCUAGACGAUACAGGCCCCUCGCACCCCCUCAACCCCGGAGCCCACCACUCCAUCAAUGUCCCCCUGAACGACGGCAUAGACGACGAAUCCUACAUCGCUCUCUACCACGAAGUCAUCGGCGCCUGCGUCGAAACAUACCGCCCCGGUGCGAUCGUCCUCCAAUGCGGCGCCGACAGCCUCGGCUGCGACAGGCUGGGCUGUUUCAAUCUGAAUGUGCGCGCCCACGGCGCCUGCGUCGCAUUCACUAAGACUUUCGGCCUGCCUAUCCUUGUCGUCGGUGGCGGCGGCUACACGCCCCGCAAUGUGUCUCGCGCCUGGGCGCACGAGACCUCCAUUCUGCUGGACGCAGAUAAAAUCCUGGACCCGACGAUCCCGGACUCGGUUGCGUUCCGCAAUCAUUUUGGGCCGGAUUUCUCGCUCUUUCCGCCUCUCUCUGAGAUGCGGAAGCUGGAGAAUAAAAAUCCCAGGCCCUAUCUUGAGAGUUUGGUUGAGGCUGUCCACGAGCAGCUGAGGUAUAUCCAGGGCGCGCCCAGUGUGCAGAUGAGUUUUAUUCCGCCGGAUAUUCUGGGCUUGAGGGAGGAUACCGAGAAGGAGAUCGAGGAGCAGACUUUGCUGGUUGAGGAGGAGAGGGAGGAGUAUGAUGGUGGCGGGUCGAUUGCCGCUGCUUCUUCUGCGGCUGCUGGCUCUGGGUUGGCUUAUACGGGCUCUGCAGGGGCUAUUCCUAGGCCGAACCGGAGGAGGGAGCAGGAGCGUGGCGCUGGGUAUAAGGGGGAGUUGUUUUAA